AUGGGGGCCAUCAUUGUUUCUUCGGAGCUGGUUCUCAUCAUCCUUGCUUCCUUCUUGGGGGGAGCUAGGAGGUCGGAGGUGUUUGAUGUGUUUGAGCUGCCUCUGUUUCCUUUGGUGCCCAAGCUAGUUCUUGGGUGGGCUGGGUCAUCUGUUGGGCAGUAUUGGAUCAGGGGUUGUUGGCUUGGUGCUGUCAUAUCAUACCCGACCCCGACCCGACUUCCGGACCUCCACCCUCUCCACCUCCGGAGUCAUACCCUACCGCUGCCGUUCCGAUACUCACCUUCGGUCCUGGCAACACACCUCCUUCUACCCCCCACGCCACCUCUACUCCUCCUUCCCUCUCCUCCCCUAUCUCCGUCUGCUCCAAUACUCACCUCGGACCGAACACCGCCCCUCUCGCCACCCUCCUACUACUUCUCCUCCUCCUACUCUGCUCCUCCUUCACAACACCUCCACCCUCCCAUCACCCUCCUACACUUCCCCCAUCCGCUCCGAUACUCACCUUCAGACCUGACAACUCUCCUUUCCACCACUCCUUCUUCCUUACCUUUCUCCUCUCUCCUCCCUCUGGUACUCCUCCGCUGGUCUCCUGCCAAGUUACGACCUUCCACCACUGUCCCGUACUUCGUACUCGGACACUGCUCGUACCUUUGCUCCGAGCCUCCAUCACAGUCCCUACCUCGGACUUUGACUCCACCUCGGUCUUAG